AUGGACGAUGACCCUCGAACCACCAGGACCACUGAGACCUCCCACUCCGGGACCACUGAGACCUCCCACUCCAGGACCACCGAGACCACCAACUGUGGAACUACCUACUGUAGAACCACCGGGACCACCAACUCAGGAACCACUGUGACCACCAACUGUGGAACUACCUACUGUAGAACCACCGGGACCACCAACUUAGGAACCACUGUGACCACUGACUGUGGAACGACCGGGACCACCGACUCAGGAACCUCCGGGACCACCGACCCAGGAACCGCCGGGACCACCGACCCAGGAACCGCCGGGACCACCGACCUAGGAAAUGCUGGGACCACCGACCCAGGAACCGCUGGGACCACCGACUCAGGAACUGGGACCAUUAAGUCAGGAAGCUCAGGAAACGAUUCAGAAGGCCCAGCAGACUCAGGAGGCCCAAUAGUCAGAGGGGUGGGAGGGUGUGCACCAGAACUUUCAGCCAGGACCCUCCGAGCAUAA